AUGUCCGGAAUUCGCGUUGCAUGGAUUGGCCUCGGCAAUAUUGGCCGGGGCAUGAGCACCAACAUCGCCCAAAAGGGUCCUCAAUCCAGUCUCAUCCUCUUCAACCGCACCACAGCUCGCGCAACCGCCCAUGCCGAAACCCUAAACGGCCGCGCAGCCGUCGCUACGUCGCUCUCGGAAGCUGUGCAGAAUGCCGAUGUGAUCUUCACCUGCGUCGGCGAUGACCCCGCCAUCGACGCAAUCACCAACACCAUCCUAGCUGAUCAAACUGUCGACCUGUCUACCAAGACCUUCGUCGACUGCUCAACCGUCCACCCAGACACCUCACGACGCACGGAAGCCGCCUAUGCCGCGCGGGGCGCAUCCUUCGUCGCAUGCCCGGUCUUCGGUGCGCCGAACAUGGCCGAUGCGGGACAAUUGAUCGUCGUACCAGCCGGUAAACAGACUGCAAUUGCGAAAGCGAAGCCAUUCUUUGAGGGCGUCACUGCCAAAUCGACCAUCGAUUUGUCCGAUGGAACAGGCGCGGACAUCGACGUUGGCAAGGCGUCCACGCUGAAAGUUCUCGGCAACACAUUUAUCCUGAAUACCGUCGGGGUGCUGGCGGAGACGGUUGUUGCGGCCGAAUCUACGGGACUGGGCGUUGGUCCGCUGAAACAGUGGUUGGAUCUAUUUGCUCCGGGCCCUUUUGCUAAGUAUGCGGAUCGGAUGAUUAGUGGUGAUUAUUAUCAGCGGGAUGAGCCUUUGUUUGCUGUUGAUCUUGCUCGAAAGGAUCUUCGUCAUGCGUCUAGUUUGGCGAAGGAGGGUGGUCAGCGGAUGCGGAAUGUUGAGGUUACCGAUUCGUUCUUGCAGGAUGUUAAGACGGAGAAGGGGGAGAAGGGGGAUAUUGCGGGUGUUUAUGGUGCUGCUAGGAAAGCUGCGGGAAUGAAGUUUGAGAAUCAGGAAAAUAAGUAA